CGCUGUGCAGCCCCGAAUCUACUGGAUGAACAGCAGGAUCUUCCACAUUGCCCAGGAUGAGCGGGUGACCAUGGGACAGAAUGGAAACCUUUACUUUGCCAACGUGCUCACCAAUGACAGCCACUCCGACUACAUCUGCCAUGCCCACUUCCUGGGGGCCCGAACCAUCAUGCAGAAAGAGCCCAUUGACCUCAGGGUCAAACCCACUAACAAUAUGAUUUACCGCCGGCCACGCCUGCUCCUGCCUGAAGGUUUGACCAGCCGCCUGGUGGCCCUCCGGGGUCAGCCCUUGGUCUUAGAGUGUAUCGCCGAGGGCUUCCCAACACCCACUAUAAAGUGGUCAUACCCAAGCAACCAGAUGCAGGCAGGCCGAGUGACCUACCAGAACUUCAAUAAGACGCUGCGUCUGGUGAGGGUAGAGGAGGAAGACGAUGGGGAAUACCGCUGUUGGGCCGAGAACGCCCUGGGGAGCGCACAACAUGUCUACUAUGUCACCGUUGAGGCUGCCCCAUACUGGCUGCAGGAGCCUGAAAGCCUGGUUUUGGCACCAGGAGAGACUGCCCGACUCAACUGCCAAGUCCAGGGCAGGCCCCGCCCCAUGGUCACUUGGAGGAUCAACGGGGUCUCACUGGAAAAUCUGACCAGGGACGACAAGCUCAGAGUCCAAGGAGGGGCAUUGAUCUUGACUAAUGUGCAGCCCAAUGACACCAUGGUGACUCAGUGUGAGGCCAGAAACAAGCACGGACUCCUGCUGGCCAAUGCCUACAUCUCCGUUGUCCUUCCACCCCCUCCUCCUCCCCGCCUUCUCCAUCCCCGGAAGGGGCAGACACUGGCGGGGCAUGGCUUGACAGUUGUGCUUCUGGACCAAGCGAUGUUGGCG